AAUCGGUGGCCAAACCAUCGCUAGUGAAGAGAUUGGCCGCAGAAAUGGUGGUACAGAUCGCCUCCGGAGGGAACCAUAGCUUAGCGCUCACUAUAAAUGGUUAUAUCUAUUCGUGGGGUUCCAACGCAUUCGGACAGUUAGGAAAUGGUAUGAAAGGCAACUGCGAGAACAGUCCAAUAGAGAUAAUAUCUCUGCGAUCGGUUCCCAUCCGUCAGCUGUCGUGCGGUGGCUCUCAUUCAGCUCUGCUGUCAUAUACCGGAGCCUUAUAUAUGUGGGGGAAGAAUGAAUUCGGACAGUUAGGUCUCAAUGACAUCCAAAACAGAUCGCUUCCCACCGUUCAGACAACACUGCGAUCGCAACGAAUCGCGUUCAUCGACUGCGGCGAAGAGCAUACGGUUGCCCUCACAUCAGACGGCGGCCUAUUCUCGUGGGGCGCCGGUAUGUACGGCCAGUUGGGACACGCGAAGACUCGC